ACCAGUGGCUCCACGGGCUCUGGCAAGAGCGGUGAUGGUGUGAAUGGGCAUCUGCCACAACCACACACCGAAGCAAUGGAAUACUACAACGUCUGUGAAGGUGAACUGGAUGCAGACAUUCCAUGUACACCUGAGAAAGAUAUUGAAGGACUACACCAAGAAAUACAAAAGGGAGAUGAUCCAGGCACAGAUGACACAAUUAGAAAUAACGAUAGUCCAAGAGAAUUACCCGAAACAUCACCAUCGUUAAGCAAGAGUUCAGGCAAUGACAGCAGUGCCCAAAAUGCUCCACAGGAGGGUGAAAGAGAAUUUCAGGAGGACAAUAGCUCCGACAGUUCUACCCUCACUAAAGAAGCACAGGUAGCCAAAAGUAUAUCUCAAGAUCCCAAUCCUGUCUGGGUCUUAACCUUACUAAACAAAAUAGAAAAGCAGUUCAUGACACAUUAUAGCAAUGCAAUGAGAGAGUUCAAAGUCCGAUGGAACUUGGAUGACAAUAAACAGCUGGACACAAUGAUAAGCGAACUUAAAACAGAUGUCCACAAAAGAAUCCAAACCAGUAUCAACAAAGAACUGAGAAAAAUUCACGGUCAAGCAGGCCUACCAAGACCUCCUGCAGGAGCAAUGUCACGUUUUUCAACAACACAAGCAGAAGAGAGAAGACGAAAGCUGAAGAUCAUGCUCAAAGAAUCAGAUGAUCCACAAGAAGUAGGAAGUGGUGAUUCGGCAACAGGCACAUCUUAUAGUGACCAGCGGAGUGAAAAUGAUGAAUACUGUCCGUGUGAAACAUGUACUGAGAAAAAAAUGACAUCUAAGCCACUGGUUCCUGCAGAAGUUGUGAAUAUUGCACCAGUUGUCAUGGCCUUUGACCUAAAGAGAAUUCUGGUGAUGAAGAAUGAUUGCAAUACACAGGCAAUCACAUGCACAUCUCACUUUGAAAAUGAUACUAAGACACAUGCAGCAGACACACUUGUAGAAAAAGUGAUUUCAGGAGCUGUAAGAGAAGUGGAAGGGGAUAAAGUGUACCAUGACAGUAAAGGUGACAUUGCUUUUGCAGAAGACUUGGCUGAAGAAGGUGAGGAUGAAAGUGAAUCAGAAAAAGAGAAAGCAAACACACUUGUAGGUGUAAUAGAGGAAGAGGCAACUGACGCUACCACAAAUAAGGAUGAUAAUACAGCAGGAGAGACUGCUGUCUCAACUGAACACCAGUCUGACAAAGAGGUGGCUGAAGAAGAGGUUGAUGCCAUUAGUAAAUAUGAUUCUGAAAAUGAAACUGAAACACGGAAGGAGAAUGAAGAUGAAUGCGACAAAGCAGAAGCUGUAGAGUCAGAGACAGUGGAAGAUGAAGAAGAAAUUCCUGCUUCUGUAUCAGAUGAUUCUGCAGCGAAAAACAACAAUCUGACCUCGGCUGAUGAACCAGCAAACGAACCAAGCACUGAUGAGAUUGCUGUCAUAGAUGAAGAUGAACUUCAAGAGGAAAUCUCUGAAGCUACAACAGCUAAAGAUGAAAGUGGAGAAAGAAACACUAUGGAAGAAGCAGAAGCAGGGACAGUUGAUGUUGGUGAAGAAGAGAUUGCUGCCACCAGUGAAGCUGAACUCCAAGAAGAGGCUCCUGAAGCCACCACAUCUGAAGGUGAAAAUGAAGCUGAUGAUGUGACAUCCACAAAUAUCCAUCAAUCUGACAAAGAGGAGACUGCGGAGGAGGGGGCAGCUGAUGAUGAUCUUGACGCCACAAGUGAAGGGGAUUUGGCAAAUGAGAACAAUGACACAGUUACAGCUAAUGAAUCAUCAGAGAAAACAUCUGAAAAAAGUGAGAUUGCUGAAACAAGUGAGGAUGAAGUGACAGUUGAAGCUACUGCAACUGAAGGAAAGAAUGUGGUAGAUUCAGAGGAAUUUGAAUCAGAUAAUGAUGAGGCUUCAGAUGAAAUUACUACAGAAAGUGAUGACGAUGAUGAUGAUGCAGAGAAUGAAGCCACAGGUGACAAACUGUCAAGAAAAUUAUCUAUAGAAGCAACAGAUGAUGAGCUUGUUGUAGAAAAGGAGAUUGCUGCUACAAGUGAAGACGAACUUGAAGAAGAGACUGCUGAAGCCACCACAGCUGAGGAUGAAAAUGCAACAAAAAGUGUGGCAGACAGAAAUGAAAUUGGCUCUGAUACAGCAUCAGAAAACGAGGAUGCUGUGGUAGCAGGUGAAAAUGAAGAUCCGGAAAAAACUGAUGAUGAAACUGCAGAAGAGAGUGAAGCCAUAGGUGAUGAACCAAAGGAAACAACUCAAGAACCAACAACAGACAAGGAUGAGGUGGAAAAAGAGAUUGCUGUAACAAGUGUGGAUGAAGGUGAAGAAGAGGCUGCAGAAGCUUUCACAGCUGAAAGUGAAAACAUGAAAGACUUGGUUGCUGCAACAAGUGACGAUGAUGAUUCUGCAGAGAAUUUAGAUGAAACUGCAGAGGAGAGUGAAGCCACAGGUGAUGAAGCAACCACAGAUGAUGAAUUUGUUGUAGAAAAGGACAUUGCUGCUACAAGUGAAGAUGAACUUGAAGAAGGGACUGAUGAAGACACCACAGCUGAAGAUGAAAAUGUAAAAGAGAGUGAAACUACAGGUGAUGGGCAGCCAAAAGAACCAACAACAGAAGCAACAACAGAAGAGGAGUGUGCUGGCACAGGGGGAGAUGAACUUGAGGAGGAGACUACAGAAGCAUCUGUAAAUAAAAAGAACACAACAGCUGAAGAUGAAAAAGCUGAGGAGAAUUAUGAGUCUGGUAAAGAUGAGAAUGUGGGAGGAGGAACAGUCAGUGAUGAAGAAGAGAUUGCUUCCUCCUGUGCAGAUGAGUCUGCAGAUGAGAACAAUGACCCAGCUGCUGUUGGUGAUUUAUCAGAAGAACCGACUGAAGGUGAGAAUGCAGUAGAAAAAAAAAUUACAGGUGAAGAAGAUUCAACUACUGAAGAUGAAAUUCCAGCAGAAGAGAGUUGUGUGGCUGCCACAACUGAAAAUAAAUCUGACAAAGAAAAAGCAGGAAUGGCUGACGAUGGAGAAGAAACUGCUGACACCAAUGAUGAUAACAGUGCUGAAGAUGCCACUACAAAUGAUGAAGAAAGCGCAGACGAAAACGAUGCUAUGAGUGAUAAAAUAACAAAGAAGGCUGAAGAAACAGCAACAACUCAAGAUGAGACUGCUGCAGUAAAAGACAUGGAUGUAACCAGUGAAGACGAAUCAGUGGAAGAGCGUGUAGAAGUCAGCAAUGUUGAAGAGGAAAAUCCUGCAAAAGAGUCUGAUGUGGCUGUGACAUCUGAAGGUGAAUCCGAUGAGGAUGAGGCCACGGAAGCAGAGAUGGGUGAUGAUGGAGUGGAGGCUGCUGACGCAAGUGAUGAAGAUGAAACUGCAGACGAAGAUGAAAGUUCUGUAGAAAAAGAUGAUGGUGCGGAAGAAGAGAGAGAUGUUGCAGAGACAACUGAGCAGGAAUCUGACAAAGAUGCAGCAGUGGAAGGGGAGGUUCCAAAUGCCAGUGAAGAUGAGCAUCAGUCAGAUGAUGAAGAAACUGCUGGAGAUGAUAGUUCUCCAAAGAAGGAACAAGCUGCUGAAUCCAACACAGCUGAAGAGGAAAAUGCAGCAGAUGUGGCUGACGCAACUGAAUAUGAAUCUGACAAACAGGAAGAAACUGCUGCUAGCAGUGAUGAGGAUUCUGCAGAAGGCGUUGUCUCAACAAAUGAUGAAUUGUCAGAGGAAACUGAUAAUACAUCUAAAGCUGACAGGCUGUCCCCCAAACAAGAAACAUCUGAAGAUGGAGAAGAACUAGUAGAAAAGCAUGAUAACGUAGAAGCUGUUCCUGAAUCCACAAGAGAGGAAAGCCCAAUAGCUGUGACAGAAGAUGAAUCAGAGGAGGAGAACCAUGAAUCUGACACAGAUGAUAAUGAACCAGUAAAGAAUGCAAUGACAGAUACAAAUGAUUCUGACGGAGGAGAGGAUUCCUCAAAAGCUUCAACUGAUAGUGAGACUGGAGAUGAAACUUCAGAAGAAGGUGAGUCUGCUGCAGAGGAUAAAGUAGCUGAAGAAACCAGUGCCAAUGUGGAUUCUGUUAAAGACGAACAAGGAACAAGGGAGGAACCCUCGGAUAACACAGAGGAUGAAUCGGCACAAGAUGACAAACAACUUGCUGAAGAAGAGGGUAAAGAGAACGCUGACAGUGAGCCUGAAAAUAAUCCUGACAAAGCUGAACACACAAGUGACGAAAGUGAUAUGAGUGAAGAGCAUUGAGAAAAUCAUUUGACUGAGACAAAUAAGGAAACUGAUGGCCCUGAUGAUGUGGUGGAGCUGAAGCCAGAAGCAGAUGUCAUUACAAAUGGAGGACAUGGCAUUGAUGAAGACAAUGAUCAAGACUCUGAAGAAGAAGAAGAAGAAGAGGAAGAAGAGGAAACGGAGAAACCCAAUGAAGACUGGAAUGGAGUCCAGGGAGAUUCAGCUGAUGGAGAGGAUGAAGCCGAGGAAGAUUCAGAGGAAUCGGGCGAAGAACUUGAUAAAGGGAAUGAUUGUGCAGCAAACAGCUCAGAAAAUCAAAAGGAAGAUAAAAGAUCUGCUGAGGAAACCACAACAUUAUUCCCACUUAAAACUCUGAGCAGGACGAAGGAGGAAUCUGAGGAUGGUGCUCAUGCUGAUGUUGAAGAUUCUGAGUCUGAAACAAAUAAAGAAGAAGCUAAAGGCCUUGAAGAGAGUUAGAAGAUUUCACCUCAUGUUGACAUGCUCAUGAGAAGUGACAGGAAGAGGCAGCAGAGAAAGUCUGAGGUUGAAAAAAACGAGCUAUGAGCUACAAAUACAGACACUUGUAUUCAGAUAUACAGAUAACAUACGCACAACUAUGUGGCACAAAAAAUAGGGAAUCUUAAAAACUUGAAUGUAAAUACAAGGAGUGUUGUUGUAUGCAAAAGAGAUAUGGGUGUUGCACAUAAACUGCACUUUUUCUUCAAAUUAUUACUUCAUAUGUACUGUAUGUAAUUUGUUUUUUCCAUCUUAACUUUUUAUGUCAGAUUAAGCAGCAUGUUUAAUGUAAAUUAAUACUAAACCACAUGUUUUCUAGUUAAUAUUUUUCGUUUUCGGAAAGCCAGAAAACACUGAUAAUAUUUAUUUUGAAUGUAUAACUUACCACUGUGCAAAUGCAGUAAUAUUCAUUUUACGAAUCAUAACAGACUGUAUUUCAAUCCAACAGUGUUCAUCAGUUAGAAAAUGCUAUACUCUCUUUGACACAGAGAGUGUAUUAGUUUAGCUGAA